GUCAGGCCUGUUUCUGUGGGUUGGAUUUUGGGAUAAACGACAUUAAGCCACUACGGGCCAGUUUCCGAUCGGAACGUUUGGCUCGCGGCCCCAACUGCGCCCCCUGUAUCUGUGUGUUUGUGGUGUGUGUUGCCAUUAGACGGGUCAGAACGCGAGAGCGAAGGGGACACCAUGGCUUCUCAGCGGCUUUAUCUGAGGUUGGUAGGGCUCACCGCUCUGCUCACAUUGCUGGCCCUCGCAGAUGUUUCCAGUGAGAGCAGCCUUCACAAGAUCCUGAAGAAAAGAGAUGUGGUGGGUGACGGUAGCGCUUCACCUAAGUACAGGGUGGCUGUUGCUCCCGCCAAGGCCAAAGAGUUCCUGGCCAAGCUACGGCGGCCCAAGAGGAACAUUUGGGACCGCAGCAGGCCAGAUGUGCAGCAGUGGAUCAUGCAGUUCAUGUACAUGGGCUUCGAUGAGACGAGACUGGAGGCGGACCUGUCCUACUGGAUGGACCACGCGCGGUCCAGCGAUCAGGGUCGCCAGCACCAUUAUGACGAGAACUCUCCCAUUGGACCCAGAGACAGAGGGGCACACCGUCACGGAGCUGACGUCAACUACGACUACUACUAACUCAACAUGCUGUCUCACUCCCUCUCUCAAAACGCAAGACGAACCUCUGUCUUCCUUCACUACUUCUCACCCCCUCUCUAUUUCUCCCUCAUACAGUGUGCAGCUUCUUUUCUUUCUUUGUAGACAGUUUACUGUCCGUUAGACAACACCUCGACAAACAUUUCUGGGUGUCCAUCAACCCUGCGUGCCACAGGGUUGGAUAAUGGGACCUUUGUUAUUCCUAAUCUAUAUCAAUGACCUUGCUUCUGUGUCUUCUACAGUACUUCCCAUUCUCUUUGCUGAGGAUACCAAGUAGAUUUUAUCACACAAUAAUUUGUAUUCACUAAUUAACGAAGCCAACUCAGGCAUGGACACAUUUUCUGAAUGGUUCCAGAUAAACAAAUGAUCUUUAAAUGUAAAAAAAACUCUAACUUUAUUUUAUUCACUAGUAAGGAUAAGAAAUGUGGUUCAAAAAAAUAGCCAGAAUCUCAAUUGUUGGGAAUGAAAUGGAGCAAGUCAUAUCCACUAGAUUCCUCUGAGUUAUAAUUGAUUAACAGUUGUCCUGGAAACGUCAUUUUCAGUUUGUCUGCAGCAAAGUGGUGAAAUCUGUUGGUAUUAGUGGUUUGGUUCAUCAGGCUUGCUUCCUUACUCUAUACUAUAUCGUAGCUUCAUUUACCAUAUCUUAUUUACUGUAAUAUUGUCUGGGCCAGCACAUAUGCCUCCUUUCCACACAAAUUACUCAUCAUACAAAAUACAUUUGCAAGACUAGCCUCCUCCUCUAAUUACCUGGCUCCAUUUGCACCUUUGUUUAAGAAACUCUAGAACUUGUAUAUUUACAACAUUAACGUACGCAAAACAUGCACUUUUAUCUACAAAUACUCAAUCAAAUUCAAUCAAACGUAUUUAUAAAGCCCUUUUUACAUCAGCCGAUGUCACAAAGUGCUGUACAGAAACUCAGCCUAAAACAGCAAACAGCAAGUAAUGCAGGUGUAGAAGCAUGGUGGCUAGGAAAAACUCCCUAGAAAGGCAGGAACCUAGGAAGAAACCUAGAGAGGAACCAGGCUCUGAGGGGUGGCCAGUCCUCUUUUGGCUGUGCUGGUUGAGAUUAUAACAGUAAAUGGCCAAGAUGUUCAAACGUUCAUAGAUGACCAGCAGGGUCAAAUAAUAAUAAUAAUCACAGUGGAUGUAGAGGGUGCAACAGAUCAGCAUCUCAGGAGUAAAUGUCAGUUGGCUUUUCAUAGCUGAGCAUUCAGAGUUAGAGACAGCAGGUGCGGUACAGAGAGAGUCGAAGACAGCAGGUCCGGGACAAGGGAGCACAUCCAGUGAACAGGUCAGGGUUGAAACAGUUGGGGGAGCAGCAACACGACCAGGUGGAUUGGGGACAGCAAGGAGUCAUCAGGCCAGGUCGUCCUGCGGCAUGGUCCCAGGGCUCAGGACCUCUGGGAGGAGAGGGAGAGAGAGAGAAUUACAGGGAGGAUACUUAAAUUCACACAGGACACUGGAUAAGAAAUACUCCAGACAUAACAGACUGAUCCUAGCCCCCCGACAAACUAUUGCACCAUAAAUACUGGAGGCUGGUACAGGAGGGGUUGGGAGACACUGUGGCCCCGUCCGACGAUACCCUCGGACAGGGCCAACCAGGCAGGAUAUAACCCCACCCACUUUGCCAAAGCACAGCCCCCACAGCACUAGAGGGAUAUCUUCAAACCACCAACUCACUACCCUGAGACAAGGCUGAGUAUAGCCCACGAAGAUCACAUCCACGGCACAAACCCAAGGAGGGCGCCAAUCCCGGACAAGAUGAUCACGUCAGUGACUCAACCCACUCAAGACAUGCACCCCUCCUAGCGAUGGGAUGGAAGCGCACCAGUUAGCCAGGGACUUAGUAAUAGGGUUAGAGGCAGAGAAUCCCAGUGGAGAUUAGGGCACCGGCCAGGCAGACAGCAAGGGCAGUUCACCUUCACACCCCUGGGCCAGACUACUCAGUCUAGCACUGGAAUAAUAUGAUACAUUUUUUGGGUUCUAGUCAAGAUUCUAGCAGCCAUGUUUAGCACUAACUGAAGUUUAUUUAGUGCUGUAUCCGCGUAUUCAGAAAGUAGAGCAUUGUGUCUAAUCUAGAAGUGAUAAAAGCAUUGAUUAACUUCUCUGCAUCAUUUUUUGAUAAAAAGUUUGAUUUUUGCAAUGUUACGAAGAUGGAACAAAAACUGUCCUUGAAAUAGUCUUGAUAUGUUUUAUCAAAAGAGUGAUCAGGGUCCAGAGUAACGCUGAGGUCCUUCACGGUUUUAUUUCAGAUGACUGUACAACCAUCAAUAUUAAUUAUCAGAUCCAACAGAAGAUCUCUUUGUUUAUUGGGAUCUAAAACAAGCAUCUUUGUUUUGUCCGAGUUUAAAAGUAAAACAUUUGCCGCCAUCCACUUCCUUGUGUCUGAAACACAGGCUUCCAGGGAGGGCAAUUUUUGGGCUUCACCAUGUUUCAUUGAAAUGCACAGCUGUGUAUCGUCCGCAUAGGAGCGAAAGUUAACAUUAUGUUUCCGAGUGACAUCACCAAGAGGUAAAAUAUAUUGUGAAAACAAUAGUGGUCCUAAAUCCAAACACCAGAACUUACAGUUGACUUUUCAGAGGACAUCCACAGAGACAAACUGAUAUCUUUCCGACAGUUAAGAUCUAAACCAGGCCAGAACUUGUCCAUGUAGACCAAUUUGGGUUUCCAAUCUCUCCAAAAGAAUGUCAUGAUCGAUGGUAUCAAAAGCAGCACUAAGAUCUAGGAGCACGAGGACAGAUGUAGAGCCUCGGUCUGAUGCCAUUAAAAGGUCAUUUACCACCUUCACAAGUGCAGUUUCAGUGCUAUAAUGGGGUCUAAAACCAGACUGAAGUGUUUCAUAUACACUGUGCCUUCAGGAAGGCAGUGAGUUGCUGCGCAACAGCUUUUUCUAACAUUUUUGAGAGGAAUACCGCUCGGACAGUUUAUCUAAACCCUUCAAUGGAUAAUUCCAGGUUAAUUACUGAGAUCCAUCUAUAGUCAGGUCCAUAAGUAUUUGCAUCAUUUUGGCUGUGUACACCACCACAAAGGAUUUGAAAGGAAACAGUUAAUAUGUGCUUUAAGUGUAGACUUUCAUCUGUAAUUUAAGGGUUUUGUCAAAAUGAUUAUGAACUGUGUAGGAAUUAAAAAACAUUCAUACAUAGCCCCCAAUUUUAUGGGCUCAAAAGUAAUUGAACAUAUUAACAUAAUUAAAUAAAUUGUGAGUUUUAAUACUUGGUUCCAAAUCCUUUGCAGUCAAUGACUGCCUGAAGUCUGGAACCCAUAGACAUCAUCAGAUGCUGGGUUUCUUCCCUGGUGAUGCUCUGCCAGGCCUUUACUACAGCUGUCUUCACUUCCUGCUUAUUCUUGGGGCGUUUUGAGUUCAGCAAGUGAAAUGCAUGCUCAAUUGGAUUCAGGUCAGGUGAUUAACUUGGCCAUUGCAGAACAUUCCACUUCUUUGCCUUAAAAAGGUAUUGGGUUGCUUUGCAGUAUGCUUCAGGUCAUUGUCCAUCUGCACUGUGAAGCACCGUCCAAUGAGUUUUGAAGCAUUUGGCUGAAUCUGAACAGAUAAUAUAACCCUAAGCACUUCAGAAUUCAUCCUGCUGCUUUUGUCAGCAGUCCCAUCAUCAAUAUAUACAAGGGAACAAGUUCCAUUGGCAACCACACAUGCCAAUGCAAUAACACCACCUCCUCCAUGCUUCACAGAUGAGGUGGUAUGCUUCGGAUCAUGAGCAGUUAAUUCCCUUCUCCACACUCUUCUCUUCCCAUCAUUCUGGUACAAGUUGAUCUUUGUCUCAUCUAUCCACAGGAUGUUGUUCCAGAACUGUACAGGUGUUUUAGAUGUUUUUUUUGGCAAGCUCUAAUCUGGUCUUCCUGUUUUUUGAGGCUUACCAAUGGUUAACAUCUUGUGGUAAACCCUCUGUAUUUACUCUGGUGAAGUCUUCUCCUGAUUGUUGACUUUGACACAGAUACACCUGCCUCCUGGAUGGUGUUCCUGAUCUGGCCAACUGUUGUGAAGGGGUUUUUCUUCACCAGGGAAAUCAUUAUUCUGUCAUCCACCACAGUUGUUUUCUGUGGUCUUCUGGGCCUUUUGGUGUCCCGGAGCUCCCCAGUGCAUUCUUUCUUUUUAAGAAUGUACCAAAUAAUUGAUUUGACCACAACUAAGGUUUUUGCUAUCUCUCUGUUGGGUUUGUUUAGAUUUUUCCUGCCUAAUGAUGGCUUGCUUCACUGGCAGGGACACCUCUUUGUACUUCAUAUUGAGGAUUAACAGCAACAGAUUCCAAAUGCACACUUGAAAUCAACUCCAGAACUUUUGUCUGCUUACUUGUAAAUGAACUAAUGAGGGAACAACACACACCUAGCCAUGGAACAACCAAUUGUCCAAUUACUUUUGGUCCCUUUAAAAGGGGGGGCAAAUAUUUGCAGUGCUGUAAUUCCUACACCAUUCACCCUCAAAUUAAAGCUGAACGUCUGCACUUUCAGCUCAUAUUCAUUAUUUCAUUUCAACUCCAAUAUGUUGUGGUAGACAGCUAAAAUAAUAAGGACUGUAUAUAACACAAGACACUGCAAUAACCUUUACCACCUCCACUGCUACAUCUCACAGUCAAUUCUGUCAGAUACAGAGGUACCAUACUCUGUAAAAAUAAAAGUUUCAUUGCCAAAACAUCAUCUCUCAAUAACUUCAAGUGAAGACUGGGGGUCAGCCUGAUGAACCAAACUACACAGUAAUCUCCAUGUAUGCUAACUCUCACAUUUAAACAAAACACGUUUUUUGUGUGUGAUUACUGCACAAUUCAUUUAUAAUUAGGUUUUGUUAUGUUUUAACAAACUAUUUUUAUUUUUGUACUUCUGUCUUGUAAAACAAUGUGUAAGGGUAUGGUUUUCAAAUAAACCCUCGGGCUUCCAACAACACCUGCACACCGUUUGUAUUAAACUAAACUGUCUCCUCUCUCACACUUCUCCCCAGUCUAAUCUAAUGGCCCCCGGCUCCUGCUCCAGAUCUGGCUUUUCUCUUCCUAUCGCUUUACACCAGCUGCUGUUCUGUUUGUAUUGUUUGUUUGUCGAGGAUCAGUAUAAAUAAUGACUGACUCAUU